AUGUCUACCCUAUCUUUGAUUGUCUUCAUUGGGACCCUGAUCGCAACGACUUCGGCCGCGCCCUCGACCCCUUCAGUAUGGGCGUCCGUCGCAAUGGUCAUGCACGGUGAGCGCACGCCGGUGCGCAGCGGGCUCCAAGAUACCCUGACUCCCUUGGGUGCUCAGGAAAUGUACGCCCAGGGAAGCGCUUUCAGAAGUCGUUACCUGGCCAGCGGAACGCCCACCAACACCUCCGAGGGUCGCAUCACGACCCGUGCCGCGAUCAAGGGAAUUGCGCGGAACGUGUAUGAGCAUGAGCAGCUCUCGAUCCUCUCUCUCCCUGAUGCCCACAUCGCCGCCGGCGCUGCUGCCUUCAUGCAGGGUCUCUACCCGCCCAUCACCCAGGCCUUCGCGGCCGAUACUGGCGGGACCAAUAUCUCGUACUCGACAAUCUCUGGAAACACCACGCAGUAUCCUCUGGGUGGCUACCAAUACCCAAUCAUUGAGACGCUGGGACUGUCUGACGAUAGGUCGAUUGAUUUACCGCAAAUCAUGACGCUCCUCGAGGACUGA